AUGGCAGAGGCUGCUCUGGACGAUGGUCCGAGCUCGACGCAGGCCGUCUCGGCUCGAAGCGACCUGUUCGAUGUCGCCAUCUUUGUACAAUAUCUUGGCAAAGUCUUGCCUUUGCUGCUCGGCAGUCAGGCUGAUGAGCUCGAGCACCUCUUUCGAGCGCAAGAAGCAACCGACCAGCUGCGUCAUUUUGGCUCAGAGCCCGCUAGAUUGGUCGUCUACCUCAACAAGACCUGGCUCAGGGAAGCUUCAGAGGCUGCGCAAGAUGGCCGAUUGAUCUAUCAGUACACGGUGAGCGAUACGAUGGCCUACAGUGUCAAUCAUGUAGCGACUUUGGCUUGCAUCAAGCGCGUGCCCAGCAUCGAUACUGCUCAGCCGCUGGAGGCCCAGCUUCACUUUGUCAACCUGUUCGGACCCGCCUCAGCUUCAGCCUCAGCCGCAGAGACUGUUGUGUCCAGCAAUGGCGAUGCAGGCGUGUCGGUAGCGGCCACAGCCCUACUGAACCCCUACGAGAGCUUACACAACCUCGUUCAUCUCGCUGUCGCGCCCUACUUCGAUGCCUAUGUCUCUUCGCGCGCCGAUCCAGCGAAGCAGGCGCCAACAUCGGGCAAAGCGAAAGAUGCAGAGGCCAAGAUGGGCAUUCCCAUGACGCGCAAGAAAUUCGCAGAACUCGAGCUAUCACUUUUGCAUCUGCAGCAAAAUGUCGAGAUCCCAGAGAUCCACCUCGUCGUCAAUCCCGUUGUGCGGUCAGCAGUCGAGUCAUGUCGUACAAAAGGUGUUGCUGUAUCAUCGGACGCCCUCAGUCCCACGCUUCUCCAAGACAGUGGCUUUCUCAAUCGCAUUCAGAGUGACGUGAACGCGUGGAUCAAAGAGAUACAGAACGUCACCCGUCUCAACCGGGAUGUGACAUCAGGCUCUGCGAGUCAAGAGAUCAACUUCUGGCUCAGUAUGGAGCGUGCACUCGAGGAUAUCGAGAACCAGCUCAAGAGCGAUCCGGUCACGCUGACCCUUGACAUUCUAAAGCAUGCAAAGCGCUUUCAUGCUACUGUCUCCUUCAUCGCCGAUACGGGUCUCAAGGAGGCAACAGAUCUCGUCAUCAAGUACAAUCUACUUAUGAAAGACUUUCCACUCGAUGAGCUGCUGUCUGCUAUCGAUUUGCCGCGGAUCGAAGAAGCGCUCAAGCUUAUCUUUGGGCACAUCAACAAGAAGCUGAGAGUAUCGCCUUAUCCAAUCAGACGAGCUCUGCCCCUGGUUGAGGCCAUCUCGCAAGAUCUGCAAGAUCAGCUCAUUCGCGUACUGGGUAAUCAGCGCUUGAUGCAAUUGGAUUACGACGCUUUCGAUCGUCAGAUGCGGGCCGCUACUGCUGUUUUCAAUACCUGGGACGACUUACUCAAAGAAUUUACAAAUGUUGCGAGAGAGGUCACUCGCAAGCGUAGUGAAAAAUUCAUUCCUAUCAAGAUCGUCUCUGUCCAUACCAAAUUCCAGGAGCGAAUUGCGUAUCUGCGCCAAUUCAGAAAGGAACACACAGAGCUUAUCGCCAUGACACGAAACUUCUCGGCCUCGAACGAAGUCAGACGAUUGACCGGCAGACCGGCAGAACGACUCAAUGGUAGCUCUGACAUUGAUAUGGAAGACGAAGUUCGAUCGGCUUAUGACGCCGUCAAGAAUGUCGAUGUGCUCGACAUCUCGCCCGAAGGCACAGAUAUCUGGAUCAGUGCCGAAGCAGCCUACAAUGAGCAAGUCUCGAGGGUCGAGAACUCCAUCAUCGCCAAGCUGCGCGACAGACUGGGUCAGACACGCAAUGCUAAUCAGAUGUUCAGGAUCUUCAAGUCUUUCAACACAUUGUUUGUACGGCCUAAGAUCAGAGGAGCCAUCCAAGAUCACCAAGCCCAGCUGCUCGAUUCGGUCAAAGACGAUCUCAGACGGCUGCAGGAGAAGUUCAAGACGUCUUAUCGUCAGUCUGAGGUUCAGGCACUCGCUCAGCUACGCGACUUGCCACCCAUCGGAGGUGCAAUCUUAUGGGCGCGUCAGAUUGAGCGCCAGCUCAACGCGUAUAUGACUCGUGUUGAAGACGUACUCGGCAAAGGCUGGGAGCUUUAUGCCGAGGGUCAGAAACUGCAGACCGAAAGUCUUAGCUUCAGGCGUAAGCUUGAUGCGAGGCCUUUGUAUGAAGCUUGGUUGCACGAGAUCAACAGGCGCGAUCUUCAGAUCUCCGGACGACUCUUCGAAGUCGUCAGGUUACGAACGCAGGACAGCUCGAGCCUGGCUUUAGCCGUCAGCUUCGAUGCGCACAUCAUCUCACUCUUCAAAGAAGUUCGCAACUUGCUCUGGCUUGGUUACUCGGUUCCCCAUCAGAUCAGCAACACUGCGAAAGAUGCGCAUCGCGUCUACCCGUUUGCUGUCAGCCUAACGGAGAAUAUACGCACGCUCGCGCAGACGAAUGAGCUCAUCCAUGCCAACCCGGCUGUCGCUGUCUUACUUGCCGAGCAGCGCAACAAGGUUCAGAUGUUGAUCACAAAGGGUCUCAGUCUUCGAUGGGAGAAUUUUGUCAACAGCUACGUCGCUAACAAUGCCGAAGCAAGAGAAUCUCGCCAUGCUGCAUUCGUAAGAGAAUUCUCGAGGGCCGUCUCGCUUUUGCAAGAACGCACAGAAUCGCUCGUCAGACUGCAGGAGCAAGUCGAUGCAGCUUUGAGCCAAUUGACGUCAUGCGACUAUGCUUUCGAAGCUUUCCAGUCCAUUCUGGUCAAGCUGCAGCAGCUCGUAGAUCGACUGAACCUAGAAGGCUUUGUCAACCUCGACGCAUACGUUGCUCAGCUCGACGCGCACAUCGAGCGAAAAUUACAGGAUCGCUUGCAGAAUGUGCUCGAGCAUUGGACAGAGGACUUCGCGAAGGAGAACAUCGAUGGCUACCAACCCCUCGGCAACGGCGUCUCGGUUCAUGGGAAAGGAGAAGCACUUCCGACCUUUCAGCACGAGCUGCGAAUUCAAAACCAGGUCAUCUUCCUCGAGCCGCCACUGGCUGCUGCCCGUGUUCACUGUUACGCUCAUCUACAGGAGCAAAUGGCGGUCGUGUGCGCUUUGAAUCGUGUAACCACUUCCCGAUACGACAUGGGCUCCCAGCUUGACGAUCACACGCCGCAAACGUUGCGCUACACCGCGCUAAUGUCUCAGCUGCCCAAAGCUGGCAUCCUGCGGGCAUUCGCUCUCAUCGAGACCCGUAUGACCGAGAUGAAAGCGUACGUCGGCAAAUGGCUGAGCUUCCAAGCGCUCUGGGACUUGGAAAGCGAACACGUGUAUGCGGAGCUGGGCGACUCUAUCGAUGCCUGGCAGCAGAUGCUUGCGGAGAUUCGCAGGACGCGCGCGACAUUCGAUACUACUAAUACGUCCAGAGCUUUCGGGCCGCUGAGCAUCGUCUACGAUCAGGUGCAGAGUAAAGUGAGUCUCAAGUACGACACAUGGCAGCGCGACAUCCUUGCAAAGUUCGGUCUAAAGCUUGGUAGUAACAUGCGCGCCACACACAAUGAGAUCCUGCAAGCACGAAAGUCUAUCGAGACGAAGGAGCUUGAUGGCUCCUCGACUGCAAGUGCAGUAGCAUUCAUCACAUCGGUACAGGAUCUGCGACAGAGCGCGCAGAGCUGGCGAGCGUCUGUGGAUGGUUUUGGCAAUGCUCAACGGACCCUGGAGCGCCAGCGCUUCACGUUUCCUCCAGACUGGUUGUUCAUCGAUCAAGUCGAGGCUGACUGGAAUGCGCUGAACGACUUGCUGGAGCGGAAGAAUGCACAGAUUGUGGGUCAGAUUGGCGGACUGAGACUCAAAGUUGCGGCCGAGGACGCUGCUCUGGCGAAUCGAGUGGCUGCGCUGAUGGCUGAUUGGGAGCAAGAGAAGCCUGUCCAAGGCAAUGCGCAGCCAGAAGCAGCUAUGACAUACUUGCAAGCCUUCGAAGCCCGGCUUGGCAGUGCACAAGAUGAGCUCGAUCUCAUCGCACGUGCUAAGCGUGCGCUCGACGUACAUGCUGUCGAGGACGUGCGGCUCAAGCCUGUCGCGGAGGAGUUGCGCGAUUUGAAGACUGUCUGGACCGCACUUUCUGGCAUCUGGGCGCAGCUCUCGGAGCUCGCAGAAACUAGCUGGACCUCCUUACAACCUAGAAAGCUGCGGCAGCGUCUCGAUGCUCUAUUAGCAUCUGCGCGCGAAAUGCCGAGUCGAAUGCGACAGUAUGCUGCUUACGAGCACGUCCAGGAUCACAUACGUCAAUUGAUCAAGAUCAACACGCUCGUGACCGAGCUACGAUCAGAGGCCAUGCGAGAGCGACAUUGGCGUCAACUACAUGGUCGCCUCAACACCGGUGCAACGCUCGACUUGACAGGCAUGACACUGGCGACAGUAUGGGGUCUCAAUCUUCGACGUAAUGAGACCCUGAUCAAGGAGAUCAUUGCGCAAGCUCAAGGCGAGAUGGCGCUGGAAGAGUUCCUCCGACAGGUUCGCGAGACAUGGAAUAGCUACACACUUGAUCUGGUGCAGUAUCAGACGAAGACUCGGCUCAUCCGAGGCUGGGAUGAUUUAUUUGCAAAGUGUAGCGAGCAUCUCAAUUCGUUGUCGGCUAUGAAGCUUUCACCUUACCAUAAGGUUUUCGAAGACGACGCUGGCGCCUGGGAAGAUAAGCUCAACCGGAUUCAUCUGCUCUUCGAUAUCUGGAUCGACGUUCAGCGUCAAUGGGUCUACUUGGAAGGCAUCUUCACCGGUAGCGCGGAUAUCAAGCACUUGCUGCCGGUCGAGAGCUCUCGCUUUAAUAUGAUCAACACCGAAUUUUUGACUAUCAUGAAAAAGGUCGCGAAGUCGCCUCUGGUGACUGACGUCUUGGCGAUUCCGUCUGUGCAAAAAUCGAUGGAGCGCCUGGCAGAUCUGCUCAGCAAAAUCCAGAAGGCUCUCGGCGAAUAUCUUGAGCGCGAGAGAUCCGCUUUCCCUCGUUACUACUUCGUCGGCGAUGAGGAUCUCUUGGAAAUCAUCGGCAAUUCCAAGGACGUCCCUCGAAUCAUGAAGCACCUCAGGAAGAUGUUUGCGGGCAUAGCGAGCAUUGUUCUUGACCGAGCAGAAUCGAGAAUCGAAGCGAUGGUGUCCAGGGAAGGAGAAACAAUACCGUUCACAUCGCAUAUCGUCUUCAAAGACUUUCCUAAGAUCAAUGAUUGGCUGGCGAAGCUCGAAUCGACGAUGAGAGUCUCUCUCGCGGAGCAGCUUCUGACUGCACACCACGCUCUGAGCAUGUUUUUCAACUCACCGGAUGGACUGAAUCGCGAGCAGCUGCUGCAAUGGGCUGAUGCCACGCCAGCCCAGCUUGUUACCGUCGCUGUCCAGAUACAGUGGACGCGUGGAGUCGAGGAUGUUCUUCGGGCAGGAGCUCCUCUGCAGGGCUGUCUGGAUCAAAUCUUGCAUACACUCGACGUCCUUGCCGACGCUGUCCUGCUUGAUCUUCAGCCCCAUCUGCGGACGAAGUGCGAGCACCUUAUUACGGAAAUGGUACACCAAAGGGACGUCGUCCGACAACUCAUCGCGCAACGCGUACACUCUAUACUGGACUUUGCUUGGCAAUAUCAUCUACGCUUUUAUUACGACGCAAAUGUGAGCGAGCCGCUAGAUCGCUUAAUUGUGCGAAUGUCCAGUGCUGAGUUCACAUAUGGCUACGAAUACCUCGGAAUUGCCGACAAAUUGGUCCAGACGCCGCUGACUGAUCGCUGCUAUUUGACGCUUACACAGGCCCUCAGCCAGAAGCUCGGAGGCGCACCCUUUGGCCCGGCAGGCACUGGCAAAACUGAGUCCGUCAAGGCACUUGGAGCCCAGCUCGGCCGUUUCGUUCUCGUCUUCUGUUGCGACGAGACCUUCGACUUCCAAGCGAUGGGGCGCAUCUUCCUUGGACUCUGUCAAGUUGGUGCUUGGGCCUGCUUAGACGAGAUGAACCGAUUGGAGGAGCGCAUACUCAGUGCGGUAUCUCAGCAGAUUCAAAGUAUUCAGACAGGUUUACGAGGCAGUAUUCAAGCCAAACCUGCUGCGAUAGAGCUACUCGGGCGCAGACUCACGCUAAAGCCGGAGACUGCCGUCUUCAUCACAACUAAUCCUGGCUACGCAGGACGGUCAAACCUUCCUGCCAAUUUGAAGAAGUUAUUCAGAAGUAUUGCGAUGACACAUCCCGACCGCGAACGCAUAGCGCAAGUCAUGCUCUUCUCUCAGGGGUUCAGGACUGCCGAAGCGCUGGCUUCAAAAAUUGUGCCAUUCUUUGUACUGUGUUCUGAGCAGCUCUCGACUCAGCCGCACUACGAUUUUGGGCUGCGUGCGCUCAAGUAUGUACUCGUCAGCGCCGGUCGCGUUAAACGGGCCGCUGUCCGCGCGGGCGAUGUCAGCACGACUAACUCAGCAGAAGAGUCCAUCCUCAUCCAGAGCGUCACCGAGACAAUUAUGCCAAAGCUGGUGGCCGAGGAUGUAGAUCUACUCAGGCAGCUACUUGCCGAUGUCUUUCCCGGCAGCCAGUCAUUGCCUGCCGAUCUGAGCGAGCUGACCGAGGCGAUAAGGGCAAUCUGCUCGGCCGACAACCUUAUGAUAACGGAACAAUGGCUCGAGAAAGCGAUACAGCUUUAUCAGAUAUCGCAGAUCUCACACGGCAUCAUGCUCGUAGGUGCUGCUGCUACUGGUAAAAGCAAAGUCUGGCAAGUCUUGCUGCGAGCUUUAGAGCAGACUGAAGGCAUGGAGGGCGUAUCUUAUGUGAUAGAUCCCAAAGCCAUCUCCAAGGAAGCCCUGUACGGCACUCUCGACCCGACGACGCGCGAAUGGACUGACGGCUUGUUCACACACAUUCUUCGUCGCAUCAUUGAUAACGUCCGGGGCGAAGAUACCAGGCGACAUUGGAUUGUAUUUGACGGAGAUGUUGAUCCUGAAUGGGUCGAGAAUCUCAACAGCGUGCUUGAUGAUAACAAGCUACUAACCCUGCCCAACGGUGAACGACUGAAUCUUCCUGGAAACGUAAGGAUCAUCUUCGAGGUCGAAUCGCUCAGGUACGCGACGCUAGCAACGGUCAGUCGAUGCGGUAUGAUCUGGUUCACCGAGGGCAUUGUCAGUCCUGCGAUGCUGCUCAACAGCUACCUCGCUGGCUUGGCAAAGCAUUCGCUUGCUGUUGCAGAUGAGGACGAUGCACCGAGUACUGAGGCGGCGGCUCGCUUGCGAGAUUCGACUGUUCUGCAGGUUCAGACAUCCAUCGCUGCCGUUCUAUCGCCAUUCUUUGGCGCCAGUGGUAUCGUCUUGUCUGCUCUUCAAAAAGCGAAGGAAAUCGCGCAUAUCAUGGAAUUCACUUCAAGUCGAGGCUUAUCAACAUUGUUCUCACUACUCAAUAAAUCAGUUCGCAACGUCCACAACUAUAAUGCGAGCCAUUCAGACUUUCCGUUGACCGCUGCGCAAAUUGCAGCCUAUCUGCGCCGUCGCCUUCUCACUGCUCUGGUCUGGUCCUUCUCUGGUGAUUCGUCGUUGAUCUCUCGCGCGGCAAUGAGCGCUUUCCUUUCAACAGAGGCAUCGUCAGAUAUGCCAGACAUGCUUUCCGGAGAAGCCCUGCUCGAUUUUGAUGUCGACAUGAACAGCGGGCAGUGGACUCGCUGGCAGUCUCAGGUCCCAGUCAUCGAGAUCGAGACACAUGCGGUUUUACGCCCGGAUGUCGUAAUUCCCACUAUCGACACGGUUCGCCACGAAGAUGUCAUGUAUUCAUGGCUUUCUGAGCACAAACCGCUGAUGCUGUGUGGGCCUCCUGGCUCGGGAAAGACGAUGACACUCUUCAGUGCACUGCGCAAGCUGCCCGAGCUCGAAGUCGCUGGCCUCAACUUCUCGAGCGCAACAAGCCCGGAGCUCAUUUUGAAAACGUUUGAACAAUAUUGCGAAUAUCGCAAGACGCCUAAAGGCACCAUUCUAUCCCCCGUCCAACUUGGCCGGUGGCUUGUUAUCUUCUGCGACGAGAUCAAUCUGCCCGCGCUCGACAAGUAUGGCACACAGCGCGUCAUCUCCUUUAUGCGUCAGCUCGUCGAAGCCAACGGAUUCUGGCGUACCUCGGACAAGACCUGGAUAAGUUUGGAGCGCAUUCAAUUUGUAGGCGCAUGCAAUCCGCCGACAGAUCCAGGUCGUGUGACAAUGUCGCAGCGUUUCCUUCGACAUGCACCACUUGUGAUGGUCGAUUACCCAGGAGAGAUCUCGCUCAAGCAAAUUUAUGGUACUUUCAAUCGCGCGUCUCUCAAAACGAUGCCCACAUUACGCGGCUACGCUGAGCCACUGACGGCUGCAAUGGUCGAAGUCUAUCUCAAAUCGCAGGCCAGAUUCACUAGUGACGUGCAAGCACACUACAUCUACAGCCCUCGCGAGAUGACCCGAUGGAUGCGUGGCAUCUAUGAAGCUAUACGGCCACUCGAGACGCUGAAUCUCGACGGUCUCGUGCGUCUUUGGGCGCACGAAGCGCUCAGACUCUUCCAGGAUAGACUCGUUGACGAGCCGGAGCGAAUCUGGACCGAUGAGCUCAUUGACGAUGUCGCAGAGAAGCACUUUCCCGGCAUUCGAGACUCAUCUGCACUCAUGCGACCAAUACUUUACUCGAACUGGACAUCCCGAAAUUACAUACCCGUGGAACGGAACGAGCUUCGCGAGUUUACAAAGGCUCGUUUGCGUGUCUUUUACGAAGAAGAACUUGACGUUCCGCUCGUGCUCUUCAACGAUGUACUUGAUCACGUACUGCGCAUCGAUCGGGUCUUCCGACAGACUCAAGGGCAUGUGCUUCUCAUAGGCAUCAGUGGAAGUGGAAAAACGACGUUGUCCCGGUUCGUCGCGUGGAUGAACGGCCUCAGCGUUUUCCAAGUCAGCGUGCAUAACCGCUACACGAGUGAAGACUUUGACAAUGACCUGCGCCACGUCCUUCGUCGGUCCGGAUGUCGUAGCGAGAAGAUCUGCUUCAUCAUGGACGAAUCUAAUGUCCUCGAUCCCGGCUUUCUAGAGCGGAUGAACACCCUUCUUGCCAAUGCCGAGGUGCCAGGUUUGUUCGAGGGUGACGAAUACGCUGCACUGAUGACUGCGUGCAAGGAAGCUGCACAACGGGACGGGCUCAUCCUUGACUCCAAUGAUGAACUGUACCGCUGGUUCACGCAGCAGAUUGCGCAGAACUUGCACGUCGUCUUUACGAUGAACCCGCCGGCUGGAGGUCUCGCUUCCCGAGCUGCCACUUCGCCAGCGUUGUUCAAUCGAUGUGUGCUCGAUUGGCUCGGUGACUGGUCAACACAAGCAUUGUACCAGGUUGGUUUUGACUUCAGCAAUUCUCUUGAUCUCGACAAGCCGACCUAUGCUCCGCCGCCUGAUCUGCCCAUCGCUUACAAAGAUCUCGAGAUCCCACCGACUCAUCGAGCUGCCUUGGUCAAUGCUAUGGUGGCGAUCCAUCAAUCGAUGCAUGCACUCGCACACAAGGUGCAGCGACGUCAAGGCGUUUCGGUGUAUAUCACACCACGCCACUACUUGGACUUUGUCAAUCAUUACGUGAACCUUUAUUCAGAAAAGCGCGAUAACCUCGCCGAUCAACAGCAGCAUCUCAAUGUUGGUCUCGACAAACUACGCUCAACACUCACACAAGUCGCAGAGAUGCGCGAAUUGCUCGCCAUUACGCGCGCAGAAUUGAAGGCGAAAAACGAGGAAGCCAAUGCCAAGCUGCAGACGAUGAUUGCCGAUCAGCGUGAAGCAGAGCAACAGAAAGCCGCCUCGAUAACCUUACAAGGCCAGUUGGAGCGUCAAAAUAUCGACAUUGCUAGUCGCAAGGGUGCAGUCAUGUCCGAGCUUGCUGAAGCCGAACCUGCUGUCGAAGAAGCUCAAUUGGCUGUCAGUAACAUCAAGAAACAGCAACUGACAGAGGUCCGCUCAAUGACAAACCCGCCGGAAGCAGUCAAGAUGGCUAUGGAAAGUGUGUGCAUGGCCUUAGGCAGCAAAGCCGACAGUUGGAAGACUGUGCAGAGCUUCAUUCGUCGCGAUGAUUUCAUCAAGAGCAUCAUCGACUUCGACACUGAUAAGAGAAUGACCGCAUCGCUUCGAUUGCAGCUCGAGAGAGAGUACCUGUCACGUCCUGGCUAUACAUUUGAGCUCGUAGACCGAGCUAGCAAGGCUUGUGGGCCGCUCGUCAAAUGGCUCAUCGCCCAAGUUGCCUAUUCCUCCAUCCUCGACAGGGUCGGACCAUUGCGCGAGGAAGUUGAUGCCCUUGAAGAGCAGGCCAUUCAGACAGAGGCUCAAGCGGUGUCCAUUCUCGGCACUGUCGCGGCCCUAGAAGCAAGUAUUACGCGGUACAAGGAGGAAUAUGCGGUUCUGAUAAGCGAGACACAAGCUCUCAAGACCGAGAUGGAUCGGGUUGAAAGCAAAGUCGGGAGGAGCAUCGGUUUGCUCGGCAGUCUUGAGUCGGAACGACAGCGUUGGGAGCAUAGCAGCGCAACCUUUGACGCUCAGAUGCAUACGAUGGCGGGCGAUACGCUGCUAUCAGCGGCAUUCCUGGCUUACGCUGGCUACUUUGACCAGUCGCAUCGACAGAGUCUUUGGCGAAUCUGGGCGCGUCAACUAGAGGACUCUGCUAUCGCGUUCAAGCAGGAUCUUUCCCUCACAGAAUUCCUUUCAACUGCGGACGAAAGAUUGCAAUGGCAAGCAAAUGGUCUCCCGUCUGACGAUUUGUGUAUCGAAAAUGCUGUGAUCAUCAGUCGCGCGCGUCGCUAUCCCCUUGUAAUCGAUCCCACGGGUCAGGCCGCCUCCUUCCUUCGUCAGCAAUACGCAUCAAAGCGUUUGACUAUCACCAGUUUCCUCGAUGCGUCCUUCACGAAGAGCCUCGAAACGGCUUUGCGCUUUGGCACAGCUUUGCUGAUCCAAGAUGUAGAACGCUUAGACCCCAUAGUCAACACAGUACUCAACAAAGAGCUGCGUCGAGCUGGUGGCCGUGUAUUGAUCCGUGUCGGCGGCCAAGACAUUGACUUCAGCCCUGCCUUUAGUUUAUUCUUGACGACUCGCGAUUCUUCUGUCGAGUAUGCGCCCGACAUCCAAAGCCGGGUCACCUUUAUCAACUUCACCAUGACUCGUGAAAGUUUGCAGAGUCAGUCUCUUAGUCGCGUCAUGCUCGCAGAGCGUCCCGACACGGAUAGCAAGAGACGAGAUUUGAUAAAGCUGCAAGGCGAAUAUGUCCUUCGUCUCCGAAGCUUGGAACGAGCUCUUCUGAAGGCACUCAAUGACUCACAAGGCAACAUUCUCGACGAUGACAAAGUGCUCGCAACCUUGGAAACCCUGAAGCGCGAGGCUGCCGAUGUAGCUAUGAAGGUCGCAGACGCGGAUGCGGUUCUGCAAGAGGUCAACUCAAUCACAGCCGAAUAUCUGCCUCUUGCGCAAGCAUGCAGCUCGAUAUUUUUCAUGCUCGAACGUCUCUCGCAGCUAAACCACUUCUAUCGCUUCUCUCUCACAUUCUUCUUGGCCAUAUUUGAGCGAGUGCUGGCCAGCGUGGCAACGACCGGCGCUUCUCAAAUACCAGAAGAAAGACUGCGAAUCAUCGCGGACACUCUCUUCAGCGAGGUGUUCGCGCAGGCCUCUCGCUCAGUCCUUGAUGCAGACCGCCUCGUGCUUGCGCUGCACCUCGCAUCGAUCAAGCUGCGCACGCAGCGGCAGAGCGACGUGACUGUCAGCAUCGAUGUCUUGCUUCAUCCGGCUGAUGUCAACUCGCCUGUCAAGACGGUGGCAGGCGAGCUCGAGGUCGCUUGGCUUUCACAUCAGCAGCAAGCUGCGUUUGCGGAGCUUCUCGCGCAACCAUCGUGGCAAGACGUGCGCGACUCAUUCAGCAAGCAUUCCGCUGAGUGGCAGAGUGUUCUCUCGGGGUCAGAUCCGGAGCGAGCGUGGACGCAGCUUGUCCCUAAAGUGAUGCAUCAGACGACUGAAGCGGCAGAAGCGGCUCGCAGCCUUCUGCUGAUGCGUGCACUGCGGCCCGACCGUACGCUACCGGCCGCAUUUUCGUUGGCGGCUGCUGUGUUCGGCUCAGGUUUGCUGUCAGAUCACGGGGCAAGGCUGGCAUCUUUGGUCUCAGAGCAAGCUGCCAUCAUUCCGAUCUGCAUUGUCUCCGUCGUCGGCUACGACGCGACCUUCCGCAUCGAUGCACUCGCCGAGAGUGAAGGCAUACAAUGCGUCAGUAUUGCGAUGGGCUCGCAAGACGGCUUUGCUCGAGCCGAAGCUGCGAUGUCCAAUGCGGCGCGGCAGGGCAAUUGGGUCUUGCUAAGAAAUACUCACCUAUGUCCAGCUUGGCUAUCAGGUAUCACCGCAAAGUUAUUAGUCAUGCAGCCAACCGCGUCAUUCAGACUCUUCCUCUCGAUGGAGAUCACGACGACUAUCCCGAUCAAUCUGCUCAGCCAGAGUCGAGUACUGAUGUACGAAGCACCCCCUGGCAUUCGCGCUAGCUUGCUCGAUACGUUGAGCAGCAUACCUUCCAAGUAUCUCGGUGGCCCAGCAGAAGAGGCGCGAAUCAUCUUCCAGCUUGCGUGGGCUCAUGCCGUCAUUGUCGAACGAGUGCGAUAUUGUCCCCUCGGGUGGACAAAGGGCUUCGAGUAUAACGAUUCGGAUUUCGAAGCGUCACUCUUUGCGAUUCACGAAUGGAUAAGACGAGUAGCGCAAAAUCGUUCGAAUAUCGACCCUGCUCAGAUGCCAUUCCAGGCCAUUCGUACGCUCUUCAAGCAAGCCACUUAUGGAGGUCGCAUCGACACUCGUCAGGAUCAAGCGCUGCUUGAUACUAUUGUCGACGGUUGCUUCUCAGCAGCUUGCUUUGAAGAGUCUUACGCGCUCGUGCAAGGGCAAACCCAGCUCAGGGCUCCGGAUGGCCUCAAGCUCACUGAUUACAUCGCCUGGGCUGAAGCUUUGCCGGAGCGCGAGCCCCCUUCCUGGCUCGGCCUGGCCGAUUCUGCUCAGAAGCUCGUUGCAAUUGACCAAGGCAACCGGCUUGUCGCAAGCCUUCGGCGAGUCGCAGCGCAUGAGGAUGACGACAACGACGACGACGACAGCUCGCUCGAAACGACUGCGCAGACGCCGGACGCACUCAAGCCAGCAUGGAUGACGUCGAUAGAGCGCCUUGUCACUCGCUUCCUGAACAGUCUGCCAGCUUCUGUGGAGGGGCGCUCGAACGAUAGUCUUCGCGGUCCACUUGCAAGGUUUUGGCAGCAGGAGCAGCAGCUCCUCGUUACUCUCCUCGAUACUGUCAGAUCAGAUCUGGGUCAGCUUCUGUCGAUCUGCCGCGGACAAUCGAAGCAAAACAAUGUCACUCGCCAACUAGCCUCAGAGCUUAGCAAAGACGUCAUCCCACCGCGAUGGGCGCGCUAUCGCUCGGUCAAGGCAAUGACGGUGCAAAGCUGGAUCGACGAUCUCGCUGCCCGGAUCACACACCACAUGACGGCGAGCGAUCCGAGUCAGAAGAUGGCAGUACAGUUGGGUUUGCUCACGAACCCGAACGGUCUCUUGGUUGCGCUCCGUCAGGAAACCGCUCGCUCAUUGCGAGUCUCGCUCGAAAGCCUCUCGAUGUCGAUGCAACUCGGCCGAGCUACCGGAUCAGGCUUGCAGGUCAGCCAUCUGCAAUUGCACGGAGCCGAUUGGACUCCUGCCCAUCUCGUCGCAAAUGACGGAGAAGCGAGUUUGCUGGAUGUGACCACGCUGGCGUGGUUGCGUGCUGACGAUGUCAAGACAUACGCCACAUGCUACGAUUGCCCAGUCUAUCUCAACGCAGAUCGAGAUGAGACGCUCUUUGUCAUUGGUCUUCCCGCAUCCGACCCAGCCCAGCUGACGAUGCGAAGCGUGUGCAUCAUCCCAUAA